AUGGCAAAGCCUCAGAGCAAGGAUUCUGGACUGAAGGAGAAGUUCAGGAAUCUGCUGGGGCUGGGAACAUCUCGGGGAAGUUCAAAGUCAUCGGAGGGCAAGCAAACAGAGUUUAUCAUCACUGCAGAAAUACUCAAGGAACUGAGCGUAGAAUGUGGAUUAAGUAAUAGGAUACGAGCAAUCAGUCAAAUUUGUGAAGUGGCAAAAACUAAAAAAAUUGAAGAGCACGCAGUGGAAGCAAUAUGGAAAGUGGUAGCGGAUAUGCUCCAGCCAGAGCGCCCCGCCGAAGCCAGGCAUGCUGUUCUUCAUCUGCUGAAGUCAAUCGUUCAAGGACAGGGUGAGAGAUUAGGGAUCCUCAGAGCACAUUUUUUUAAGGUUAUUAAGGACUAUCCCUCCAAUGAAGACUUGCAUGAACGGCUUGAAGUGUUCAAGGCUCUAACGGAGAAUGGACGAUACAUCACCUACUUAGAAGAAGAGUUAGCUGACUUUGUACUCCAGUGGAUGGAUGUUGGUUUGUCUUCUGAGUUCCUUCUGGUGUUAGUGAACUUGGUGAAAUUCAAUAGCUGUUAUCUGGAAGACUAUGUAGCUGACAUGGUCCACAAGAUAUGCCUCUUGUGCAUUCAGACUUCAUCAUCUGUGGACAUAGAGAUUUCCUUGCAAGUCCUAGAUGCAGUUGUUUGCUAUAAUUGUCUGCCAUCAGAGAACCUGCCAGUAUUUAUCAUCACUUUGUGCCGUACCAUCAAUGUGAAGGAGCUCUGCGAGCCGUGCUGGAAGCUUAUGCGCAACCUUUUGGGAACUCAUUUGGGACACAGUGCCAUUUACAACAUGUGCAGGAUCAUGGAAGACAGAGCUUACAUGGCGGAUGCAGCGCUGCUGAGAGGAGCUGUGUUCUUUGUCGGGAUGGCUCUGUGGGGUGCUCAUCGCCUCAAUUCGCUCAAGAAUUCCCCAACUUCAGUGUUGCCUUCGUUCCUCAAGGCCAUGACAUGUCCCAAUGCAGUUGUAUCUUACGAGAUAGUUCUGUCCAUAACACGUCUCAUAAAGAAGUAUGGGAAGGAGCUGCAAGCUGUAACGUGGGAUAUCCUUUUGGACAUCAUGGAGCGAUUACUGCAACAGCUGCAGACUCUGGAGAGCCAAGAACUUAAGUCCAUUGUACAUGAUCUUUUGACUACAGUAGAAGAACUCUGUGACCAGAAUGAAUUCCAUGGCUCUGAAGAGAGAUUUUUUGAGCUGGUGGAAAGAUGUGCUGAUCAGAGACCAGAAUCUUCUGUAUUAAACUUGAUAACAUACAGAGCUCAAUCCAUUCAUCCUGCCAAAGAUGGCUGGAUUCACAACCUGCAGAUGUUAAUGGAGAGAUUCUUCAGGAACGAAAGCCGUAGUGCUGUUCGUAUAAAAGUUCUGGAUGUCUUGUCCUUUGUCCUGAGCAUCAACAGACAGUUCUAUGAGGAAGAGCUGAUAAACUUGGUUGUGAUCUCUCAGCUGGCUCACAUUCCAGAGGAUAAAGACCAUCAAGUCCGAAAACUGGCCACUCAGCUACUCGUAGACCUGGCUGAAGGCUGCAACACACAUCACUUCAACAGCUUGCUUGAUAUCAUCGAAAAGGUGGCUGCACAUUCUCUCUCAUCUCCUUCUGAACUGGAAGAGAGGGACUUGCUAUCGUAUUCAGCUUCUUUGGAGGAUGUCAAGACAGCAGUUCUUGGACUCCUGAUAAUUCUUCAGACAAAACUCUACAGCUUACCCUCCAGCCACGCAAUGCGGGUGUACGAGAUGCUGAUUCACCACGUCCAACGCCAUUACAUAUACGCGUACAGCCUUGCUGUUGCUAGCAGCAUCAGACUGCAGGUAUUUGAUUUCCUCAUUCGAGCUGACUCCCUUCACCGUCUUGGUCUUUCCAACAAGGAUGGAGCAGUGAGGUUCAGCCCUUACUGUCUGUGUGAUUAUGUAGAAGCAGAGAAGAGGGCUUCUGAGAAAAAGCCUCCUGGUACGCUCUCCCCGCCUUCAGGAAGUCCCAGUGUGCCUUCCCAGAACGCCACCGUUCGUAUAGGGCACCUGCCCUACUCAAUGGUCUUCGGUGUCCUUCUCCAGUGUCUGAAGCAGGAGACAGACUGGAAGGUGUUGAAGUUGGUCCUCAACAAAUUACCUGAAUCCCUCCGCUAUAAAGUGCUGUUUUUAACUUCUCCUUGUAACAUAGACCUCCUGGCCUCUGCGCUGAGCUACAUGCUCACAGACAAAAAGACUACUGACAGGCUCCAUGGUACCCCAGACGGCUUUUCUCGCACUGAUUUGCAUCUGGCUGUAGUUCCGGUACUGACGGCGUUAAUAUCCUAUCAUAAUUAUCUGGACAAAGCUAAACAGCGUGAAAUAGUGUAUUGCCUGGAACAUGGUCUUAUUUAUCGCUGUGCAAGCCAGUGCGUUGUGGCACUCUCUGUCUGUAGUGUCGAGAUGCCCGAUAUCAUCAUAAAGGCGCUUCCUGUCUUAAUAGUUAAAUUAACCCACAUUUCUGCUACGGCCAACAUGGCAAUCCCUCUCUUAGAAUUUCUCUCAACUCUAGCAAGGCUGCCUCACCUCUACAGGAACUUUGCAGCGGAGCAAUAUGCCAGCGUGUUCGCCAUCUCCCUACCAUACACAAACCCUUCCAAGUUUAACCAGUACAUCGUCUGCCUGGCCCACCACGUGAUAGCCAUGUGGUUCAUUCGGUGUCGCCUUCCCUUCCGAAAGGACUUUGUCCCCUAUAUUACAAAGGGUUUGCGCUCGAAUGUCCUCCUUUCCUUUGAUGACACGCCUGAGAAGGACAGUUUCAGGGCUCGCAGCACAAGCCUGAAUGAGAGGCCAAAAAGUAGUUUAAGACUAGCCAAAAAUGCAAAGCAAGGCUUGAAUAACUCUCCUCCAGUGAAAGAGCUGAAAGAAUCCUCUGCAGUUGAUGCCUUCCGAUCCCGCAGCAUCAGUGUGUCUGAACAUGUGGUCCGCAGUCGGAUACAAACAUCCGUCACUAGUUCAAGCCUGGGCUCUGCAGAUGAAAACUCAAUGGCUCAGGCUGAUGACAACUUAAAAAAUCUCCACCUGGAACUGACUGAGACCUGUCUGGAUAUGAUGGCUCGAUACGUCUUUUCAAACUUCACUGCGGUGCCUAAAAGGUCUCCUGUGGGUGAGUUUCUGUUGGCUGGAGGAAGGACAAAGACGUGGCUGGUUGGUAACAAGCUGGUGACCAUCACUACAAGCGUUGGAACUGGGACAAGGUCCCUACUUGGCCUAGACUCCGGAGAGCUCCAAAGCAGCACAGAAUCAAGCUCAGACCCUGUUUUGCAAGUGAGACAAACUAAAGAAGCUCCAGCAAAACUGGAAUCUCAAGCUGGGCAGCAGGUUUGCAGAAGCUCUCGCAACAGAGUCCGAUCCAUGUCUGGUGGUCAUGCCUUACGUGUCGGUGCCUUAGACAGCUCAGCCUCCCAUUUCCCCAGUGGCUCCACUUCCCAAGGGACACAGAGUCCUCCUGCUCCUGCACCUCGAUCAGAAAAGACUAAUCCUGCUCCACAGACACCUCUGCAGAAAGAAAAAGCAAACUUAGCUGCGUAUGUCCCGCUGCUGACACAGGGAUGGGCAGAAAUCCUCGUGCGCAGACCCACAGGUAACACGAGCUGGCUAAUGAGCCUGGAGAACCCGCUCAGUCCAUUUUCUUCAGAUAUUAACAAUAUGCCCCUGCAAGAGCUCUCCAAUGCACUCAUGGCUGCGGAGCGUUUUAAAGAACACCGAGAAACGGCUCUAUAUAAAUCCCUCUCUGUCCCUUCCUCCAGCCUGGCCACCGGGACAGCCAAACCAUCGCUUCUCCAGCGUUCCAACACAGUGGCCUCUUUCUCUUCCAUGUACCAGUCCAGUUGUCAAGGGAAGUUGCACAGGAGCAUAUCCUGGGCAG